UAACGGUCUGGUAACAACGACAAACAGCCAAAGGCAGCAGGUAGAGCAGAAACCCAUCGACCAGGCUCGCCUCCUGGGCGCCCCCGUGUCCUCCGCUGCCCAUCGUCAGUGCAGGGCCUGCUGGGAAAUGCUCCGGGCACUGACCGCGGCCAGUGCGGCCCUGGGGCACAAGGCGGCGGGUUGGGUGAGGACCAUGGCCUCCCACCCACUGCUGGUGGCCCCCCCAGAAGCCCUGAGUAAGCCCCUGUCCCUCCCCAGCCGGCUUCUGCUGGGGCCCGGCCCCUCUAACCUGACCCCCCGCGUCAUGGCGGCUGGGGGGCGGCAGACAAUAGGACACAUGCACGAGGAGAUGUUCCAGAUCAUGGACGAGAUCAAGCAAGGCAUCCAGUACGUGUUCCAGACCCGGAACGCCCUCACGCUGGCCAUCAGCGGCUCGGGGCACUGCGCACUGGAGGCCGCCCUGUUCAACCUCCUGGAGCCGGGGGACUCCUUCCUGGUCGGGGUCAACGGCAUCUGGGGGCAGCGGGCCCAGGACAUCGGGGAGCGCAUCGGAGCCCGCGUACACCCGAUGAUCAAGGACCCUGGAGGCCACUUCACGCUGCAGGAGGUGGAGGAGGCCCUGGCCCAGCACAAGCCCGUGCUGCUGUUCCUGACCCAGGGGGAGUCAUCCAGCGGCGUGCUGCAGCCCCUCGAUGGCUACGGGGAGCUCUGCCACAGGUACCAGUGCCUGCUCCUGGUGGACUCGGUGGCCUCCCUGGGCGGGGUCCCCAUCUACAUGGACCAGCAGGGCAUCGACGUCUUAUACUCGGGCUCCCAGAAGGUCCUGAACGCCCCUGCAGGCACCUCGCUCAUCUCCUUCAGCGACAAGGCCAAAAAUAAGAUCUACACUCGGAGGACCAAGCCCUUCUCCUUCUACCUGGACAUCAAGUGGCUGGCCAACUUCUGGGGCUGUGAGGACAAGCCCAGGAUAUACCAUCACACCACCCCUGUCAUCAGCUUGUACAGCCUGAGGGAGAGCCUGGCCCAUCUAGCAGAGCAGGGCCUGGAGAACAGCUGGCAGCAGCACCGCGAGGCCUCAGAGUACCUGCACGGGCGCCUGCAGGGGCUGGGCCUGCAGCUCUUCGUGAAGGAUCCGGCCAUCCGGCUGCCCACCGUCACCACCGUGGCUGCACCUGCGGGCUACGACUGGAGAGACCUUGUCAACUACGUCAUGGACCACUUCAACAUCGAGAUCACGGGCGGCCUUGGGCCCUCGGUGGGGAAGGUGCUGCGGAUCGGCCUGCUGGGCUGUAACGCCUCCCGGGAGAACGUGGACCGAGUGAUCGGGGCCCUGCAGGAGGCCCUGCAGCGCUGCCCCCGGAACAAGCUGUGACCCGGCUGCCUGUCCCACGCCAACGCAGUCGACUGGGGGUGGGGGCCCGGGGCAAACAGACUCUGCAAGGGGGACAGGCCCCGAGGGCAGGACAGCUGCUGACCCAGCCCCGGUGAAGGGGGGAGGGGCAGGGCCGGGCAGCUGCCCCCGCCCCCAGCGGCCCGUCCCCUCCGAGUGGAGCUUCCUGGAUGUGGGCCAUUUGGACCCUCAGCGCCUCCCCAAUGAGCUGCGGUCCCCAUAGGUCACUGGCCUGUGAAUGUUCAAUAAAGAAGCAGCUGGUCAUCUGUC